AUGUCUAUUUCUCUCAAAAACAAGAUCUACUUUAUAUUUUCAACCUUAAUUAAAAUAAUUUUACUGUUUCUUAUACUGUUAAAUUAUCUUAACCUUUAGUUUGCUCACUCACUUCUUUAGACGUUUUUUAAAAUAAUAAUAAAAUAUAUUUGCUAACUAAAAUAAUGUAAGAUAUAUAAAUUUAAGAGCUUACUUAAAGCCAAUUAACCACUGUAAAUUCUAGUUAAAUGUAUUUCUCAUCUGAAUAACAUGCUUAUUACUAUACUUAAUUAUUAUUUAAUACACCGUCAGUUAAUUUUUUAGAUACUGCUACAAAUAAUUAAAUAUUAGAACUAAAAGGUCAUGGUAUUGCUUACUAAUAUGAUUUAGAAUCAAGAUAAAUUGCUAAAUAAUUCUAUUUUUGGGAUGAUUUUUAUUAUCCUGACCAAGCAGAAGUUGGAGGCUUUUUAUUAUACAACUUUAUAGUUGUAAAAGAAGAAGAAAAAUUAAUACUUACUGGAAUAAGAAAUGGUGUUUUGA